GGGCGAUGGGGGGCACGGAGGGACUCCCGGUGCUCCCGCACCCUCGGCUGGGGAGGGCGGGUAAAGGAAGCCGCCCAAGUUGAUGCCGGGGUGGGCGCCGAGCACGGCCAGGCAGGUCGUGAUCGUCCCGUGCCUCCCGAGUGGGACCCGUGUCCGGUUCUCGCCGGUGUGACCGCGUCCGGAUGUGACCCGUGUGCGGCUCUUCCCUUUGUGUGUCAUCCGUGUCCGGCUGUUCCCCGUGUGUGUGUCCCUUGUCCGGCUGUCCCGCGUGUGUGUCACCGUGUUCAGUCUCCCCAUGUGUGUCACCGUGUCCGGUUGCCCCCCGUGUGUGUGACCGUGUCCGGUCUCCCCGUGUCCCGCAGGCGGCUGCGCAGCCCCCGCCGCAGCGAUGGAGCCCCGGUGCCCGCCCUGGCUGCAGCAGUGCCCCCGGCCGUGCCGCCUCCUGCUGCACGCCCUGUGCUCCGGCCCCGCCGGGGCGAUGGCCGCGCUGCGGGCGCUGCAGCGGGGCCAGCCCCAGGAGGGACCGGGCCGGGCGUUCCCCUGGCCGGCUCUCACCGCAGCCCUGAGCGCCGAGGAGCCCUCGCUGGAGGGGCCGAAGGACACCCUGGCUGUCAAGCCACGGCUGCUGCUGCUGCCCGUUUUGUGCCAGAGAAACCUCUUCUCCCUGCUCCUCGUGGUGCAGGAUGCAGUGCCACGGGACUGCCUUCGCCAGCUGCUCCAGGCCUUGGAGCAAGAUUCCUGUGUGGAUCCCUGGGUGCAGGCACUGAGGGAUCUGCUCCAGCAGGGACCAAAGGCCGAGGAGGGCUCCCCACAUCCCACUGCCCUGUCUGCUGCAUGCCAGCAGCAGCUUAGGGGCCUGUGCCAGAAAAUUGCCCAGAAGAAAGCAGAGGGACAAAGAAAAUUGAACUGGUGCUUCAGUAAGCAGCCUGGUGCUCCUGACUCUGUGCCUCAAGAUGGGAAGCGUAAGAAAGUGUCAGAGGAAGGCCUGGAGUUGGACAAUGAGAGAGAGGGGAAGAGGCUGUUGCUGGAGGAGGUGGCAUUUGAGCCCCUGGGGCCCCAGGAAUGUGGAGAUGUGGCAGAGAUGGAGGAGGAGGUGCCUGAGGAGCCUUCAGGGGACACAUCUGCUCAGAGCACAGAUAAGGCUGCUCAGGACAGCUCCCAGCAGAAUGCAGCUGGGGAGCUCAGGAAGAUUUCCCAGACAGAACUGGUAGCAGAGGUCCAGUCCUUUGUCCAGAUGCACGGACAGGGGCUGAAAAUGCUGCUGCUGCAGGCGUCCAGUCACUCCGAGCUGCACACCCCCCCCAAGCUGAGCAUCCUGAACACCUGCACCCCCAGCCAGCUCUCCACGUGCCCGGAGCCCUCCCUGGUGCGUUUCUGCAGCUGGCUGCUGGCUCUGAGCCCUGCCCUCAGCCACGCCAGCGCAGCCAUCCUGGCAGAGCAGCUCUUCCUCAGGCGGGUCCUGGCCCUCACCCAGCCGCCUUCUCGACACCUCAUGGCUGCCCUGACUUCGUUUUGCUCCAAGUAUUCCCAUCCCUUCUGCCGUGUGCUGGUGGCUGCAGUGCUGCAGGGGCCAGGGGAAGGUGCUGAGCAGAGCAAGCUGAUGUGUGAGCUCGUGGAGGAGUGCCUGGAGCCCCACUCUGUGCAGCUGGUGCUGAGCCAUGUCCUGGAGGUGCCUUUGUCAGAGAAGCUCCUGCCAGUCCUGCAGGCCGUGCUGGGGCGGCAGGAGGUGCUGCCCCCUGAGCUCCUGGAUCUGCUGGUCCUGACUCUGUGCCAGCAGGCUCCAGCCUUUGCCACGUCACUCAACUUCGCCAGGCUGGUGACAGCCGUGCUCACGGUGUAUCAGAGCCAGGUCAGCCCAGCUCACAGGAGCAGCCUGGCUGCUGUCCUGGACCGGAGCACUGUGGUGCUGAAGAAAUCGCUGCAGGCUGUGCUGGAAGGGGCCAGGUGACCACCCAAAGGAAUUGUGAGGGGACAGCUUCCUUGUGUGGAGGACACUCAGUGCACAGCAGCAGCCACAGCCACCCUCACUGGGUUCUCCCUGUCAGGUGGGACCCUGUGAGAGGGGUCUGCUCCCCACAGAGUGCCCAGGGCCUCCUGGCAGCACCUGGCCUGAGGGGGCUCCUGCUGGGCAGUGCCAUCCCAGCCCCCCUCAGUCCCUGGGGCUCAGAGGGGUCUUGGUUGAACAAUCUGUGUUUUUCCAUGAACAAUCCUUGUUUUUCCAUGAACAAUCUGUGUGUUUCCAUGAACAAUCCGUGUUUUUCCAUGAACAAUCCGUGUUUUUCCAUGAACAAUCCGUGUUUUUCCACGAGCAAUCCGUGUUUUUCCACGAGCAAUCCGUGUGUUUCCGCGAGCAAUCCUUGUUUUUCCAUGAACAAUCCUUGUGUUUCCAUGAACAAUCCGUGUUUUUCCAUGAACAAUCCGUGUUUUUCCAUGAACAAUCCGUGUUUUUCCAUGAACAAUCCGUGUUUUUCCAGGUGUUUCUGUGGGGGCCAGGCAGGACACAGCCCAUGGAGAACUUCCAGGUCCUUCCAGGUUCUUACUGCCCAAAAACCCAUCCCUGAGCCAGGACAGACAUUGAUUUGAGGCUGUAUAAAGUUGAUAAUUCUGGAUUUAGUUCACUAUCUUGAUUUUACCUCAGCUCAUUCCAAGGCACGAGCUCCGUGCAUGUCCACGUUCCUCCCCAACAGCCAAGCAGUGCUGCAGGCUGGGCUGCUGCUUUGUGAAUCUGAUCUGCUGGGAUUUACAGAUUUCUGGGUGCAGGAGAGCAGGAUUUAACUGAAUUCCAGCUGAAUUGAGCUGGGAAAUUUGAGUGUUCUGCUUUAAAUCCAUCUUUCUUUCCUGUUUGCCUGGCCUGUGAGGGGCCCUGCUGUGUGUGACACAUUUCUGGUGAUGAUGACACUGCUCAUGGCCUUAAUAGUGCUUGUGUGGCAUGACUGCUCAAAGUUCUCUCCUGUGUUCUUGCAAGUAACCACUGGAAACCUCAUCUAGGCACCUCCUGGUCUGAGAAGUGGGAAGAAAAGGUUGGGACAGAGUGGAGACUCAGGCAGGUAGAGCUGGGGUUUCAAUGGAGGUUUUGAAGCAUUGCAUACUUCAGGAGCUAUUUAAAAAUCCACAAACAUCUACAAAAGGGACAGGGGGAAUUAAAACAUGCAGGUGUGACUGCUCCAGGUUUGCCCAGUAAUGUUUAGAUCCCAGCCAGAGGAAGGAAACUCUGAAGCAUUAAGUGACACUCGAAAGGCUGAGAGCCAGGUUUCUUUACAUAAGACUCUCUUAAGCUGUUUUAGGUGGCAGUGGACUCAUGAGGCUUCAAAGUCUGCAUUAGCUGGAGGAUGGAAACCUCCAGGGAGCCAGAUUGUUGAUGUGUUUGCAUUCCAGUGAGUAAAGUGAAGCUAUUGUAGGGCUGCCCAAAAUACGACAUAAAUAGAAAUUGUGCCAUGAUCAUCAAGGUCUAAGGCUGCUCUUCUGGCUUUAUUAGGUAGCAGGCUCUGAUCUUUGCAGUUUCCCUGCAGAGCUUCUACCAAGUGACCUCGGUGUCAUUGUCCCCAGUGCUCUGCCUGGCUGUGGCUGUUGGUCACCUGCAGAUGACCACUGCCUUGUGGCAAGAGCCUUCUUGGCCCUGAUUUUGCUCUUGGCUGCAGUUUAUCAUGUGCAGUGGGUUCCUCUGAGGUGUUCAUGCAGACAACAAUCCUGUCAGGAGAACUGGGAGCACACCCUGGGCACGCUGCACGUGCUGGUGGAACACUGCUUGUUUAUAUGGAGGUUGGCAGCACAGAAAACUUCACUUUUGACUCCUCUUGACCCUUUCAAGAACUUGAGAAUCCAUCCUGAACAGCACAGAGAGGUGGAUGCAGCACAAAACAUCAGUCACAUUUUAUAGUUCAGCAGAACCUUGGCCAAGGGUGGCAGGAGUGUCAGGACUGGCUGUGUCCUUGUCCUGAUUUAAGAGUGAUGAUGGUGAAGGAACUGCUCUGAAGCUUUGUCUGAGACCUUUCCUAGGCUAGAGGAACCAGUGUGUGAUUUUCAUCCAGUUUACUUGUGAUAAUUGGCAGUGGUUCCUUAACUGCUUCCUCUUCUGUUUGUACUUUUACUUCGUGUUGCAGAGGGGAAUUCCCUUUUUGGUCUCGUAGUUCUUGGGUUUUUUUGAAGGAAAUUCAUCUUAUGCAGUUGCAUGGGUUGUCUGUCCACUCUGCUGCUUCCACACCCUGCACAGGGAUUUUUGAACCAGUUUCAUGGCAAGAUGUUUCCUCCACUGCCCAGGUGCCUUUGUGGGGCUGUGGUCAGGCAGCAUGAAGCUCUUUGGGGUGAGCAGGGCUGUGGGGUCUGUGGAUGUUUAAUAUCACAGCUGAGCCAUGCAGGGGCCUUGGGCCAUGCAGCACCUUGUUGGAAAGGGCUGAAACUCAGUGGCUUUCCUGAAAAUGACCUGAAAAUAAUUUAAAAAAAAAUUCAAAAAACCAUUUAAAAAAAAAUUUCCUGAAAAUCCAUCCCCCAAGGGGCUGCCCCUCUCCAAACAGGAGCUCCAGGUUGUUGCUGUUUCCCCUCCUGCAGCAGUGCCAGGGGUCAUCCCACUUCUCCCUGGAGGUAAUUGCAUGUCCAGUGCCAGCCUGCUAAUCUCACGUGUAAUCCCCCACGUGCUGAUGCAGUUCUGCCUGCAAACCUGGGGGCUGUGACACCCAAAUGUGAGGCUGGACUGCUCUGGGGGAGGCUCAGCAAUAUUUUUUUUUUUUUUUGUUUCACUUGGGAUUUGAAACUGAAUAAAAAGGAAGAGCAAUUUUC